AAAGUCUGCGCAAGACAAUUGAUUGAACAAUCAGAAAUGCCCGGAUAUUGCAUUCGAAACUGUGUUGUUGGCCAUCGUGUUGAGAGAGAAAAUUAAUGCUAUGCCUGCAAAUUCAGCUGACAACGUUUUUCAUAUUGAGGAGACUAUAAAGUCUUCCCUUAAUUUUAAGGGAACAAUUGAUAGUCAAAUUGCCUCUUCCUCAAAGAAGAUUUUAUUGUCCCAUAUAGGCUUCCAGCCUGCUGGACAACCAUACAGUAUACAGCAAGAGAAUUUGAGAGCAAAGUAUGUUCCACUGAACUCAUUGAAGAAAACUGGAUCUGAUCAUGAACUUCACUUUGAAGCAAACAUGAAUACAAAUGGAAAUAGUGUAACUGAGAGUAGUAGUGGUGAAAGUUUGCCUAGUCCAAAGAUUGUAUUGUAUCCCGAGGAUAAAAUUAAACUACAAUGGAGAAAGGUGCACAAGAUUGGCUCAGGACUGAUCAACAUGGGAAAUACAUGUUUCCUGAAUUCCACCCUUCAGUGUCUGACUUACACUGCACCUCUAGUCAAUUACUGCCUGAGUGGGGAGCACAGCCAGUCAUGCAAACAGCCAGGGUUUUGCAUGAUGUGUGAACUUCAGCGUCACAUUAGAAGAUGCUAUGAGAACUCUGGAUCAAAUAUAAAACCUCAGGCAAUCCUACAGAAAUUGAAAUUGAUAGCAAAACACAUGCACUGGGGUCGACAGGAAGAUGCCCAUGAAUUCCUGAGAUAUGUGGUAGAUUCUAUGCAGAGGUCCACUCUAAAUGGUCAUACAAAGCUAGACAAAUUUAGCAAAGAGACAACAGUAGUUAACCAGAUUUUUGGAGGAUAUCUGAGAAGCCAAGUUCAAUGCUUGCGAUGCAAAGAAAAAUCUAAUACUUAUGACCCAUUUAUGGACAUCAGUCUAGACAUAAAGACAGUGCCAAGUCUUGAAAAGGCAUUUGAAAAGUAUGUACAGCCAGAAAAACUAGAUUGUGACAAUGCAUACAUGUGCAAUAGAUGUAAACAAAAGGUCCCUGCAUUGAAAAGAUUUUCCAUCCACAAAGCUCCCAAUGUUUUAACCAUCUCUCUGAAAAGAUUUGACUACAGUAAAAUGGUACAAGGAAAAAUUGGGAGACAUGUGCACUUUCCAGAAAAGCUGAAUUUGAGGCCUUAUAUGAGUGCAAAACAGGGUGAUCCAAUACUGCUCAAUCUGAAUGCUGUCCUGGUACAUUCUGGCUACACAGCUAACUCAGGACAUUACUACUGCUACGUUAAGUCCUCCAGUGGAAUCUGGUACUGCAUGAAUGAUGCCAAUGUACAACAAGUCAGUGCUAGUCGAGUUUUGGGUGCUGAAGCUUAUGUCCUCUUUUACACCAAAGCACGUAGUGAAUGCAGCACAUCUAAGCCCACACACACCAUAACAAUGGCAAACCAUGUAGACAACAAAAAUAAGUUCAAACCUUUGAAUGGAUUGACAAAGUACCCUAGCACGGACACUGGUGUUCCCAUUGCCAGAAGUACUUCCCUGCCUUCUGUAAUUGGUCCUUUCCUUCACAAGACAGAACCUAGAUACCUAUCAACAGCCACACUAUUGCCAGAGAAAAGGGACAAAAUCAUGUUUGGUCUGAACAAGACACCCACUCAGAGUCCAGAGGAUUCUGAUGGAAAAAGAAUCGUAGUUAAAAUUAAACAUGGAAAAGCUACAGCCUACGAAAAAUCUCCGAAGGGCAAAUCCAAAAUUGUGAAUGGAGACACUGUGAGCUCAAGGCUAGUGCCAUAUGGUGAUGACUCCGAGUCUGAUGAUGAUGAAGCUGUUGUUAACGCAGGGAAAAAAUCACCUCAUGUGAAUGGGAAAAAUUAUAUACAGCAAGACAUGAGAGAAAGUGAAAAACAGAGGAAUGAUCACCGAGUUGUGUUCGAUGAAAAACUGAAUGCCACUACAUCUGUGCCAGGAAAUACUCAUCUGCUGGAAACCACAUUAAAGCAGAAGGGGGAUACGCAUGAAGCUUCCAACAGGAGGAUUGAUGGACUGAAUCUGAUGGUGAAUAAGGCUAAAGAACAAAAGGCAUCAAAGACCUACAGUGAUGAUAACGGCAUUCAGUGCAUGAGUGAUAGUAGUGGAAGAAAAGUAAAGGCUACAUCCAGCUGGCAUGUACUGAGUCAAGACUGUGAUCCUAGUUACUCAGUUGGCUCAAGCUCAAGUCGUGAAAGUGUUAACUCAACAUCUGGCUGGGAUAUCAAAGAGAAAUCGGAGGCUCCCAAUUUCGACAAGGUACCUGAUAGACAGCACCCAGGAUGGAAGAUCUCCAAGGAAAAUGAACCCAAACAGGAGGUUGCUGACAAUUCUUUGUCAGCACAGGUGAAAAAACUCUUUGCAGCAAAGAAAGAAGACAGUCACAGUAACUAUGAAUCUGCUGUUAACCAAUGGAGAGAAAAUUCAAAUUCUUUCUUCCAAAGCAAGAGCGUAGCCAUGUCUGAGAAUCAACCACUCUUGGCAGACAUUGAUAUGGAGGAGAGGGUGUCCAAUAAAAAACGCAAGAAGCAUAAGAAGCAUAAAAAAGAGCAUAAGGAUGUAAAGUAUGAGCAGCUAGUAAAUGAGAGCACCUCUAGUCCUGAAGCCCACAGCAAGAAGCACAAGAAAAAGAAACAUAAGCACAAGAAAGAGCACAAGCAUUCAAAGCACUCUGAUGAUUCAGAGGAGGAAAGGCGCAGCAGGAAACACAAGCGAUCUUACGAUGACUCGGAUGAGGAUUCUGGAAAGGAAAAGAAAAAGCGAUUGGAUGAGGACUCAUAUGUCUGGGUGGAGAAGACAAAGGAUACAAUCAGGCAGACCAAAUCAGACAGUAGUGUUUUGGUGCAAUCCUGGGAUCACCACAUCAAGGAUGGUUUCAAAAAGUCCAAGAGCACUUUUGGUGAUAGCAAAUCUUACAGCACAUGGGAUGGUAGCCGUUCAUCCAAGAUAGCAGAGGAAUUAGAGAAGCAGUCAUCAGCUGUGGGCUAUGGAUCUUCAGUAAACUCCUGGGAAGGUGGCAAGAGUACUUUGGAUACUGAAGUUGAGAGCGAGAAAAAAGAUCGCAAGAGGCUCUGGUCUGAUGAUUAUGACGAAGAGUUGGAUCACGGCAAAACCAAGAAAAUCAAGAAAAACCAUUCUGACUAUAAUGUCCACUCAGGAUAUAAUCCCUUCCAGAAAUACCAAGACCACCGAAACUAUGACAACAAUAGAUUCAAGGGAGGAUUGAAUGGCUCUCACUCAUUUGGUGGACACAAUGCCAAUACUCAUCACCGAGACUACCGUCAUGAGGAUCAUCGUAACUUCCAACACUACAGCCAUUCUUCCAAGCAUGCAUACAAGGCUUAAGAUCGUUGGAUGUGUAGAAGAAGCUGGGGAAAAAUUAUGUGCUUUAUACUAGAGCUGUGUUUUCUUGCUCAUAUCAGGAAUUCAUUUUAUAUUGCUGCUGAGCAGCAAAACUUUCGUAAAGACAGAUGAUUGUUAUCUGAGGAUAAACUUUAAAAAAGGAUGAUAAAUGGGUUUUUUUUCUCUCUCUUUUAUUAUGUAAAGAUUUCAAGUUGGUUAAUUUAUUUCAUUUGUAAAAUUAAUUAAAAGAGAAUUUACUUGAUUUAGUUUGUGGGCUUUCAUUAUUUUAAAGUGAAAUUAGAGCGAGAGCUUGAAUUGCAGAUUUUAUUGUGAGAAAAGAAGGAUAUAGUAUAUGAUUGAUAUUUUACUGUGAUUUACGGAGAAAGUUCAAGUAUCUUUCAAAUUGUGCACACAAUUAUAAUGUGAACAUUUUUUAUACGAUUUUUUUAAAUGAGAUAUUUGCAAGAAGUGACCUGAAGGAAAAAAUUGUGGACUUUAAUUUAAAACUCCAAUUCAGAUAAUCAGGAAUAAAAUGUUUAAGAAAAAUCCUUUUGAUGAAAAAGGUGAUUGAAAAAUAUGCUGGCCUACCAGGCAUUCAAAAAAGAAUGUGAUAAAGGUGUUGAUGUGUAAAAGUUGGUUGAUAUUAAGUGCUUUUUAAUCAUGAAAAUGAUACUGUUGCAGAGUUUAAUGUUACUAUCCUGAUGUCAUAUUUUGUGUUCUUGUAAGUUUCAAUAAACUUAAAUUUUUGUCAAAACUUUGUAUAAGUUUGAUGCUAGUUUUGUUUUUUUAAAAAAAGAAAUCAGGUUGAUCAUUUUGUAAAAUUGUCAUUUUUUCCAUCAUAUCACUUGUAUAUUUGGUGAGUAAAUGUGUGUAGUAUUUAAGUUAGUAAUAGUACUUUACUCUGGGAAAACAUUGCUUCCUUGUUAGGGUGUGCAACAGGUUCGAAAAUUACCAGUGAUACAUAUAGUUGUACUUACCAUUUAUACCUACAUUUUAUGAUUUAAUUCAUUCAAAUCAAGUAAAAGGGAAGCAUGAUAUAUCUCUUGCAUAUCAGAGGAGAAAAUGCCCAGCUUUUAAUGAUUUCAAAUCUAUAAUAAUUAUCACACAUGAAUUUUCAGGGAAUGUGCAAUUGUGAAAUGAAAGUAUCAAGUACUUUUAAAGUUUAAAUGCAUGUAGCAGAGUAGCACUUUAUUGUUUUGUAUGAAUAAUGCUUUAAUACAGUAAUACAAUCUAAUUUUGAGGUAUUUACCUUGUAUUGAAGAGUGAAGUUUUGUAAUAUUUCAAGUUUAAAGAUAUUUUUUCUAGUCUGCUGUAUUUUAGGACAAGGAAUAUAAAUUUGUUCCUGAAUGUCUUGAAUAAGUUACUUUCACUUUGUAAGUUUUUGCUUGCACAUAACUGGGAUAUACAAAUAAGAGAGAAAGUAUGUUCUAUUAGAAAAGUAGAGGAAAACAUUAUUAUGAAUUUUACACUUGUGGUUGGUUGUUUUAAAAAGUUGUUUCCUUUUUACUCAUUGCACAAACCAAUAUCUCAGGCAAAAAUUGAGGAUUUAAAAAAUAUCUUUGUCCAUAGGAAGGUGCUACCACACAUUAUUCUCAAUUCUGAAAGGGGAAAAUUUGUUAUUUGGAUGGUAGAACUGUAGUACCUAUAAUUUGUGCCAUUUUUAUUCAGUUCUCAUUGCAUGAUAGAGAAAUAUUUAUUUCAUUAUUUGUCUAACAGAAAGAAAUACCUGAUUGAUAUAAAAGUAAAUUCAGAUUGUUAAAAAUGAGUGACUUAGUGAAUUUUAAUAUUCUUAAUUGUUGAUACCUAUAAAUUUCAACUAUUAAUCAUUUAUCCAGUAUGCUUGUUUUUGAAAUGAGUAUUUUUAUGAAGUAUUUUGAUGAUGGUUAUGAUGAAUCAAGUGAAAAUUGUAAAUGUAAAGUAAAUGAAGAUUAAAUAUUUUGAUUAUGCACCAAAAUAAACUGGUGUAAAGAUAAAUAUAUAUAUUAAGUUGUAAUGUUUUUGUGAGACUUUGUGUUUAUUUAUACAUUGUAUGCAAGAUGGAAUACAAUUAAAUUGUUACAAUUAUGAA